AUGAAUUUGCAAGAAAACUUAGAAGGUGAAGGCUUGUUGCCAUUUCUCACCAGAAUAACUAUUCGCAAAUUAAUGACAUCGAAUCCGUACAUACUUCGCUCUAUCAUCAACUUAGCGCUGCGCCCUACACUUGAUCAAAAAAGUUAUAUUUACAACAUAUCAAACGAGUAUUGCAAAGGAAGUAUAAUCAUGGAGAACAUUGCAAGUUCGAAGGACGAUUGGACAGCUAUUCAAAGAUUGAAAUUGGCAGAUAUUAUCAUUUUCGAAAUUCAUGGACUUUGUCCUAAAAACCCUUAUCCUAUCGCCAAGAACCACUGUUUACAGACUUUCCAAUAUCUUGUCUACCAACUUGGUAUUUCGCCUUUGAAAAUAGUUAUUACGUGUGAUUCCGCAGGAGGAUCCCUGGCGUUAGAAAUGCUUAUAGAUAUGUACGCUCCUCGUAUUUUGGAAAAUGUACAUAAUAAUUUGGAUGCUCCUCGCGAAAACUUUGACAUGCCUAUUCCAGCCGGUGCCUUUUUCUCUUCUCCGCUGGUCAGUGCAGAUACCAGCACACCCUCCUACCAGAAAAACCAUAAAAAAGACAUUGUGUCCAUGAAACUAUCCAAAAUUCUCUAUAAAGAAUACAUGGUAAUGCCUGACAGAAAUUUUCCAGAUAACAUACCUGUGAUGCAUUUGCAAGACAUUAGAUAUGGGUUUGCAAGGUUUCUGCCUCGUCAGAUUUUGGUAUACGUAGGCACGAAGGAGUCACUAUUAGAUAGUGUGAUACGGUGGGUGACAGACAUGAAAGAGGAUGGUGGAUCAAUAAAUGUGCAGUUACAUCUCGAACCUUACUAUCACGAUUGGUUUAUGUGUCCCCUUCUGGUUAAGAAGAAAAAUAGAGCGAUUAUAGACAAGUAUACCCAAUUGUUUGUUGACUGGGCGGUUCACGCAGUUCAGCAAGCAAAUGAUUCCGCCAAGUAG